GCACCGCUUCUAGCUGUUUGGAGCCAAAACCUUGACGGGGGAAGGGGGCGGAGCGAGGCUGGCGUAGACUAGCCCCGGCAACCGUCAAGCAACCUAGGCAUGUUUUGCGACACAAGGCAAGGACGAUUCUGCGACUUGCUUUCUGGUUGAUUCGUCGAGCUGAGGCUGCCAAGACUUGCUCUCUAGUGCGCGUGGCUUUGUACAGCAGCCCUGUCUCCUUGCCUGAGCAGUGGCUCUUCUCUAUCCAGAAAGCAAUGCUAGGGAGGCGCUGAGCUGUCCCACCAGGUGACCUUAGUCUAGCCCUCUGCCAGUCUGUUGGGAGAUCCUUCUCCUGAGUGGUGGAGGAUACCGGCUGGCCUGGGGCAAGAGGAGCUCCGGGCUCCGGGGGGGCGGGGCCGGAGCCGGAGGAGAUGCCCCUCCACGUGAAGUGGCCGUUCCCCGCGGUGCCCCGACUCACCUGGACGCUAGCCAGCAGCGUCGUCAUGGGCCUAGUUGGCACCUACAGCUGCUUCUGGACCAAGUACAUGAACCAUCUCACCGUGCACAACAAGGAAGUGCUGUAUGAGCUCAUUGAGAACCGAGGCCCUGCCACCCCCCUUAUCACCGUCUCCAACCACCAGUCUUGCAUGGAUGACCCUCAUCUCUGGGGGAUCCUGAAACUCAGACACAUCUGGAACCUGAAGUUGAUGCGUUGGACCCCAGCAGCUGCAGACAUCUGCUUCACCAAGGAGCUGCACUCCCAUUUCUUCAGCUUGGGCAAAUGUGUGCCUGUGUGUCGAGGAGAUGGUGUCUACCAGAAAGGGAUGGACUUCAUUUUGGAGAAGCUUAACCAUGGGGACUGGGUGCAUAUCUUCCCAGAAGGGAAAGUAAACAUGAGUUCUGAGUUCCUGCGCUUCAAAUGGGUAGGAAUUGGACGGCUGAUUGCUGAGUGUCAUCUAAACCCCAUCAUCCUGCCUCUGUGGCAUGUUGGAAUGAAUGAUGUCCUCCCUAACAGCCCACCCUACUUCCCCCGCUUUGGACAGAAAAUCACCGUGCUGAUUGGGAAACCCUUCAGUACACUCCCUGUGCUUGAGCGGCUCCGGGCAGAGAACAAGUCAGCUGUGGAGAUGCGGAAAGCCCUCACAGACUUCAUUCAAGAGGAAUUCCAGCGGCUGAAGAUGCAAGCAGAACAGCUCCACAAUCAUUUCCAGCCUGGAAGAUAGGCUUUGCCUGCCCAGUCUGUGCCCUGCAGUUCUUAGACAAAGGAGCACUGGGCCUUUCAGGGUUUGGGAAGUAGUGGUACAGGACCCUGACCAAGCCUGCUUGGCUCUUUACUGCUUUUGAGAUUCUUCCCUGUACAAAACUAAGGCUGGGAAAUGGACUGAUGCUUUUAAUUCAGAUAGAUUGGCUCCCAAUUCCUGCUGGAUACCCUUUUUUAUUAUUGAACAUCUGACUCCACUAGGUCUUGAGCUAAAAGAAGAGCUUUGGCUGUCCCUUACACUUGGUGGAAAAGGAAGGGACACUCUUAGGCAGAGACCUCCUUUUCACCUUUCUCAGGGAGGGAGCAAAGCAGGUAGUUAAGCAAAUAGUCGGGUAGGAGAAUAGGUGUCUUAGUCAUAGGUACAGAAAGAAGACUCAAAUGAUCCCUUGGAUGGGCUACCACUUGCCCACUGCUCACAAAUCUCCUCAGGGAUGGCUGUCAGCCAGGUCAUUCUACCUGAGCUCCUGCUACAAGGUUUGUCCUUGGGUAGCUUGUAGACAAGAUGAGAAGGUAUUGCCAGGAUUCAAGCACAGCUAAACUUAAGUAGAUGUUUCUUUUAUGGCAGAAAAAGACCUGACCAUGAACCCCCAAUGUCAGGGGCUACUUGCUUCUCUAAUCUUUUUGCCUUGACAUUCUCUAUAUCCUGGAAUCUGGGUUUUAAUGGUUUUUUUUUUUUUGAGUAAUAAAACAUUUGUGUUAUGCCAC